CUGAUUGAAGGUUUGUGGGCAGUUGUAAAGAGUGAGGUAGUACAAACAGGUCUAUAUUCAAGUCUUUUAAGCAUUCAGAAUAAGCUUCUAUAUAGAUUUAAUGAAAAAAUAAAUUCUCAUACUGUAGUUAGACUUUGGAAACGAGCUCUUUCAUAUGCAAAAAAAUAUAAAGAAUUUGAUAAAGAAAUUUUAUUUAUUGAUAAUGAACUGGAUA